ACACACAAGGCGCAUUAAAUCGAGUGCGAAGAGACAAAAAAAAUAGUUCAAUUCGAAACCUAUUGCAAUGAGUUCUCAAAAGGCUGUUGCUGAGAAUAUGUUGUGGGGAGGACGAUUCACUGAGGGACUGGAUCCAUUGAUGGUGCAAUACAACGAAUCUCUCCCCUACGACCGCAUUUUCUGGAAACAGGAUAUUCUCGGCUCUCUGGCAUUCGCACGCGCAAAUAGCCGUGGAGGCAUCCUGACCGAGCACGAAUUCUCCGAGAUCGAACGCGGCUUUAAGCAGAUUGCCGAAGAAUGGAGCACGAACAGUUUUGUGGUCAAGGCAAACGACGAAGAUAUUCAUACCGCGAACGAGCGUCGAUUGGGUGAGAUUAUUGGCAAGGAUAUUGCUGGUAAAUUGCAUACGGGUCGUUCGCGCAACGAGCAGAUUGCGACCGAUAUGCGGUUGUGGUUGAGAGAUGAGCUUCGGAAAUUGGAUGCGUUCUUGUCGGACCUCAUCAAGGUCUCUAUAGCUCGCGCAGAGCAGGAUAUUGACUAUUUGAUGCCGGGAUAUACACACCUGCAGAAGGCACAGCCGGUGCGAUGGUCUCAUUGGCUGUUGUCGCAUGCUGUUGCGUUUGCGUCGGAGUUGGGUCGGUUACGCGAGGUUAUUAAGCGAGUCAACAAGUCGCCCUUGGGUACGGGUGCACUUGCUGGUAACCCAUUCCAAAUUGACCGUGAGGGUAUGGCAAAGGAGCUGGGCUUCGAUGGUAUCACUAUCAAUUCUAUGAACACCGUAGCAGACCGAGAUUUUGCCAUGGAGACAAUGCAAUGGGGAAGCUCGUUUAUGCUCAAGAUCUCCCGCUGGGCUGAAGAUCUUAUCAUCUACAGCAGUCUGGAAUUUGGCUUCGUCCGCCUCGCGGACGCAUACUCUACGGGCUCUUCGCUAAUGCCACAAAAGAAGAACGCAGACAGUCUUGAGCUUCUCCGUGGCAAAGCCGGACGAGCAUUCGGACAUGUGGCGGGUCUCAUGAUGACCAUCAAGGGACUACCGACUACCUAUAAUAAGGAUCUUCAGGAGAGCGUCGAGCCACUUCUCGACCACAUCAAGACCGUCGGCGACAGUAUCCAGAUCGCCACCGGUGUUCUUUCAACCUUGACUGUCAUCCCAGAAAAGAUGUUUGCCGCUUUGGCACCGGAGAUGCUCGCCACGGAGUUUGCAGACUAUCUUGUUCGCAAGGGCGUGCCGUUCAGAGAAGGCCAUCAUAUCUCAGGGCGUGUUGUUGCACUGGCUGAGAAGAACAAUGUUCCCAUGGACACUCUCACACUUGAGCAACUACAAGGAAUCGACAGCCGAUUUGGACCCGAUGUUCGCGAAUGCUUGGAUUAUGAGCGAGCUGUUGAAUUGAAAGAUGCGAUCGGUGGUACGAGCAAGCGCGCUGUCCGCGAACAGGUUGAAGCAUUGAAAGCUAUUAUUCGAGGUGAGAGUGCUUAGAAGUCUUCAGACUCUGAGGAAUAGAUGAUUUAGCCGUGUUUCAUACUGUUUCGGGAAGUUACUCUAAGGACCAUGUUUUCUAUCUAUUAUAGAUUAGAUGAUAUCGCAAUACAUCCAUUCCUAGUUGCGAUCGAGUUGGAUAUUAGUAGACUAUAGACUAUUUAUGCAUAUAGCUAAUCAAUCAAGGUUGCGGGUAAG